UGCCUGUGUCUGUGCCAGUGCCCGAGCUCUGAUGAACUUUUGGCUGUGGCAAUGGGGACGACGUCGUCGAAUUCUGAUGGAUAUUUAGUGCUGUGCGCCUAUGCCAUUGCACUGCUCGACCUGGUCUCCGCCGUGCUCUUCGCCAUCGUCUCUGGCAUGCUCUAUGCAAAGAAUAACCAUUGGACCUCGCUGGCUGCAUUGAUCUUUACCAUAUUUUGGAUCCUAGUAAUUAUUGUACUGGUGCUGGGCAUCUACAGGCGCCAACUGACUUUGAUUCGUUGCUGGUUGGCGUUCACCUGUCUGGGCAUAUUACUGGAUGGCAUUAUACUCAUUUAUGGCCUGACCUUGGCCGUUUCUGUGAAUUGGGAGGGCGUCAAAAUCACAGUCCUACCAUUUGUGGGCUUGGCUGUGGAAAUGACAUUUGUGUACAUCGUUCAUCUGUUGUAUCUGGAAAUGACGGGAUAUGACAAUGCACAGAGCGAGAGCAGUCCAAGAGCCAAAGGAGGAGCUGAUGGACAGGUGAGGGAUGUCAGGCAGGAGGCGGAGCACGAGUAUAAGCGCCAGAAGCGGCUCGCCAGGGAGCGCCGGCAGCGGGAUAAAGCGAUGCUCAAGAAUCUGGAGAAGAGACUGCACCGUGGAUUGGUCUAG